AUGUUCAAAUUACUUAUACCGAAUAAAUAUAAUUAUGUGAUACGACCAUUGACAAGGUUUAAAUCUACAAAAUCUACAAAAUUUACAAAAUCGACAAAAUCACGACCAACAAAGCUUAGUCCAAAUGUGUUUUCUCUGGGGAAAUUUUCUCAACUACAUAAUGAGACCAACACAACUAAUAUUGAAUCAAAAAUCACUAGUUUUGAUCAAUUGAAAAUUUUCCCUUCAGUUAGAGAAGCCAUGAUUAAAGAAAUCAAAUCUCAAUACAAUUUAAAAGGUCCACGACAUUCUAAUAUAGAAGAAAUUGAUAUAAAACCAACUCCAGUACAAAUUGCUGCCAUUCGGAAAAUAAAUCAAACUAGGAAAUUAAAAACAUUACCAACAAUAAAAAAAAAUUUAGAAGAUAUAGAAGAUGAUGCUGAACGAAUUCAAUAUGAAUUACAAUAUAGUAAUGAAAUACAAAAAACUAAAGUUUUCACUGUUGCUGCUGAAACUGGAUCUGGUAAGACUUGGUCAUAUUUAGCUCCAUUAUUAAGUAAAUUAAAACAAGAUGAUAUGGAAUUUUGGAAAUCUGAUGAAGAAAAUUAUCAAAAUAUGAAAAAAAAGGGUCAAUUUGUGAAAUCAAUAAUACUUUUACCAACAAAUGAAUUAGUUGAACAAGUUUAUGAAAUAUUACAACGAGUUAAUUCAUUUGAAUUAGAACAUAAAAAUGUUCCUGAUAAUUUUACUUCAUUUUUGAAAUUACCAGAAAAUAAAAAUUUGAAUAUAUCUAUUAUGAAAUUAGGACAAGGUGAAGCACCAAUAGGAUUAUUUCGUCAAUUAGAAACUAAAGGUCCAAUUGAUAUUUUAAUAACAACUCCUGGUAAAAUUGUGGCCUUUUCUAAAUUGAUCAAUAUUAAUCGUCCAUUUAGAGUUUUCACCAAUGUUAAAUAUUGUGUUUUAGAUGAAGCUGAUACAUUAUUUGAUGAUUCAUUUGAAAAAAAUACUACUGAUGUGAUUACUCAUUUUCCUAAAUUACUUGAUUUAAUUUUGGUUUCAGCUACUAUUCCUAAAGUAUUUGAAAAAAAAUUAUCAAAAUUAUUUCCUGAUCAACGUUCAUUAGUAAGAGUUACUACUCCACUGUUACAUAAAGUACCACGUAACAUUAAAGUAAUGACCAUUGAUGCUGAUGUUGCUCCUUAUAAUGGAUCUAAACCAAGAUGUUUAGCUCAAGCUCUUUAUGCCAUAUCUAAAGAUGGAACUGAACCAGGAUAUAUUAAAAGAAUCAUUGUUUUCGUUAAUGAAAAAUCUGAAGUUGAUGGAAUUGUUGAAUCAAUGAUUACAAAAUAUAAAGUUCGACCAGAAGAUAUUGUUGGAGUUUCUGGUUCAGUUAAUAUUAAAGAUCGGAAAGAUAUGUUACAACCAUUUUUACAACCAGCACAAUUAAUUGAAGAUGAUGUUUUUGGUAGUAAAGUGAAAAUAUUGGUUACCACAGAUUUAUUAGCUCGAGGAUUAAAUUUCCAAGGAGUGAAAAAUGUCAUCUUAUUAGGAUUACCAAGAAAUUCAGUUGAUUUGGUUCAUCGAUUAGGUAGAACUGGUAGAAUGAAUCAAAAUGGAAGAGUAUUUGUUAUUGUUGAUAAAAAAUCCAAGAAAUCUUGGGUUAAAGGAUUAGGUAAUGCAAUUAUUCGAGGACUUCGAAUUGGUUAA